AUGGAUGCACCGAGUGGUCUUGAAUCGCUCACAGCCGAACAGAAGGCGCAGGUGACUGAAUGUGGGGCAUCGCCUUGUCCAUGAAUGAUUGGCGCUGGCGUUCCUUUCUUUCUUUCUUUCUUUCUUUCUUUCUUUCAGGCCAUGAUGCAGCUUGAAACUCUGGUGCAGGGGCAGAAGGUCGUCAUGAAGGUGUGUGUACACACGCAUUGUGUGUGUGGAUCAAUCUGCUUGUCAUCGUCUGUUCUUCCACCUUCGACCAUCGACCGGUCUUCCUUUCUGUUUUUGACGUCGUGUGCAGAUCUUGGGCAAGUGCUUUUCAAAGUGUGUGGAUUCACCCGGCAACGAGCUGAACAUGCGGCAGCAGCAGUGCAUCUACUCGUGCACACACAUGAUGUUCGAAACGGAACAGUAUAUUAACAGGUCAGCCACUCGGACAGACACACCCAGAUGGCUUUCCGUUGUUCGCAUCUCUGCUCUUAUCGCUCCGCAGGCGUCUUGAUGGGCUUGCGAAGGCGCAGCAGCAGCAGCAGGGAUAG